AUGGACAGCAACCACCUCCACCCCUCGUACCACGCCGCCGUCCCCACGGGCCCCUACAGCGCGCGCGCCCCCUCACCACCGUACAUCCACGUCCCGCCGCCCACCGACCUUCCCAACCGCCCACUCACCCCCGACGUCCAGGCCGACCCAUCCAACAGCGGCUCCAGAGGCCGCGAUGAGCCGCUCAUGACCAUCCACCCGUCCCCUUUCGCGCCACACAUCACCGGCCUGUCCCCCGCCGAUGUCCUCGCCAUCACCGACGACGGUGCGCCACAAUCCGCGCGCGAUACCUCCAGCCAGUGGGUGUACGAGGGCCGCCGGCGUGCCCAGUCGGUAUUGAGUUAUCUGUACCUGGGCCCCUCUAGCGCGGUGCGCGAUCGGGAGUUCUUGGUUAGGGAGGGGAUUACGAUGGUGUUGUGUGCGCGUGAUGCGCGGUUUGCGGCGGCGGCUGCGGCUGCGGCGCAUGGGGGCAUGUUAGUGAUGGGUGUGACGCGGGCGGUGGAAGGGUUGGGGAUUGCGGUGGACGGGAUUGAUGUGGCUGAUGGGAGGGAGCUGGUCGCGGCGUUUGCGGUCGCUGCGGGGAAGGUGAAUGCGCACUUGUUGGCGGUAAGUCGGGCGCGGCAACUACACCAGCAGCAACAACAGCAGCAAAAUGGGACGACAGAGCCGGCAAGCCACCGCCGAGGUAGAGUGCUGGUGGUGUGCGAGACGGGCAACGAUCGAUCUGCAGCGGUGGUCGCGGCAUAUCUGAUGACCAUGUAUGGGCUCGACACGGUGCAGGCCGUGCAGUUCAUGCAGCUGAAACGGUUCUGCGUCGCGCUGGGUGACGAGUUCAAGUUUCAACUGCAGGCCUACGGGGAUAUCCUCCAGGCGAAGGGCGAUGUAGGGCAAACACAUGGGCAGCACCCAGGACAGCAAGCACAGCAAGCACAGAAAGCACAGCAAGCACAACAACAACAGCUGUGGCAGCAGAUGCCACAGGGCGGAGGAGGUGGGAAACGGAGACUCGAGCAAACAAUGGACGAGGAAGUGGAUGGCGGACAAAAUCCGAUGGAGGUCGAGAUGGAUGCCGAGAGGUAUGCCGGCCGGGGGUUUGCACCGUUUGUGGAUCGGGAUUAA